AUAAGUGUUCUGAACAUAUUUAAGGAAGGCUAGGCUAAGUUCUGAUGUUCAGUAGGUUAGGUGCAUUAAGCGUAUUUUUUUACCUAUGAUAUUUUCAACUUACAGUGGGUUUAUUGGGACAUUACUUACUAUAAGUCAAAGAGCAUCUGUCUAUCUCAAACCUUGCAAUCUCAGAGCUGGCAGGGGCCUGCAAACUCACUCAGUCCAACUCCUGUUGCACACCUGAGGCCCAAGGUUACUUGGGUUCUUGCUAGUUCAUGGUCACAUAUCAGAAUCAGAAACAGCCAGGACUAGGCUUCUGAAUUCCAAAUUUCUAUUUUUCUCCUAUUUUGAUCUGGGGAUUGUGGCUCAGCCUCUGUCUGUCUGUCUAUUCCUUAGGCCAUCAGAUUUCACAUGGGGUUCACUCAGUUCAGACGUCUGCAGUCAAAGCCAUGGCUGAAACUGAGUCAUGGCUUGGCUCUGACAAGUUGGAUCAGGCUGGGGCCAACUACAGGGCUUAUGAACCAAGGGCUGGUGGCUGGGAGGGAGACGGGGCUCCAGGAGAUAAAGCAAAUCAGAUCUGUGCCCCAGGUCUACUUGGGAACCAUUGCUGCUCAGCGUCCUUUCUCCAUCCCCACUCUCUUCUCCAGCAGAUUUUUUUUUUUUCUUUUAGACCAAGUCUCACUCUGUCACCCAGGCUGGAGUGCAAUGGCACUGUCCUGCCUCAGUCUCCCGAGUAGCUGGGAUUACAGGCACACUCCACUAUGCCUGGCUAGUUUUUCUGUUUUUAGUAGAGGCAGGUUUCACUAUGUUGGCCAGGCCAGUCUUGAACUCCUGACCUCAAGUGGUCCACCUGCCCCUGUCUCCCACAGUGUUGGGAUUACAGGCGUGAGCCACUGCACCCAGCCUCCCAGUAUAUCUUGUCAAAGGCAAUACUCAGAGAAAACAGCUCUUACGCACACAUACACACACACACGGAAAGACACAUACACACAGGAAAAGGCAUAAACACACACACACGGCGCUCUCUGGCAUGCGGGUAUGCACUGUUGUACCGUGGGAUCAUUUCCAUGUGAUGCUCUUUCCUCCGAGUGCAAGGAUACAUCUCUUUUCUUGUGCCUUCCCAGUGCCCAGUCUAGAGCCUGGGAAUAAGAGCUUGGUAAAGGUAUGUGGAGAGAGUGAGCUGACCCUGGUGUGGACGGCCACAGGACCAGGCCUCCAUUUCCAGUUGCCGGCAUGAGGCAGGAAGCCCAGCCCAGGCUAGAUGAGCCUGCUACAUGAGGCAGGACCUGGGAAGCUCCCACUGUGGUCCUUAGUACACUCGCUCUUCAUCUUCUUCCUUCAACUGGGGCUCUAUCACUGUGACCAGUCAAUCUCAAAAUGUGAUCCAUGAACCAACAGCAUCAAUAUCAUCUGGGAACUUGUUAGAAAUGCAAAGUCUCAGGCCCCACUGAAUCAGAAACUCUGGGUGUGGGGUCCAGAAAUCUGCUUUAACCACCCUCCAGGUGAUUCUAACACAUGCUAAAAUUAGAGAACCAGUGUCUGUGCAAACAGAUAACCUCAUGCUGGGGCCAGGGGCCGGGAGUGGGGGUGUGAAGCCCUAAAGCAUAUGCAGCUGCAUACGCCCCCUAUGGGUAAGACUGGCUGUUCACAUGCUGGUGGAUGCCUAUACCUGAAGGCAGACACGUACUCACACGCAUGCACAUAUAUGAGCAUCAGGGUCUCAGAAGAGUCCACAUGCUAGAGCUCUGGGGUCUCAGUGGGUACCAGCAGGCACUCAGAUGGAAGUGGCGGGGAGAAAGGAAGAACUGUUCUCACCAGCUGACAACCUAUGCCCCACAAUUCUUUUGUCCCUCAUCCCUUCUGAGGUUCCCUGAGUGUUCCCUCAGAAGUCAGAGAAGCUGAGUAGUUGCCCAACUCAGACCAGACACACCCAGCUGAGAGGCCAAGGUGGCCUAUGUGCCUAAGAGUGUUUGGAGUAUGUGCUAAGACCAGCAAAGUCUUUUCUCUGUGUGGGCGAGCCAGGGCCAGGAGAAUGUGGGGCAGCAGCAAGCUAGGCUUAGGCAAGAGCACACCAUCCCCUGGGCCAUGAAAUGCUGCCCAGAUAUAGAAUUCCCCGUGGCCCCUUCCCAGGGCUGUUUCCAGUGCCCAGCCCACCUCCUGACCCCUCUCUCUGCUCUGGACUGUGAUACCCCAGGCCGCUGCCCACCUGGCCCAUCACCAGGUCCUGCGGCAUCUCCUCCUUAGUAUCUAGACAUAAAAUCCUGGCCUCUGUGAGCUGCAAGGGGACAUGGGGAGGGGAGAGGGAGGCUCAUGCUCAGAUCUGGUUUCGCUGCUGCUUCCCCUGGCUGGCUGCCACAGGCUGAGCCACCAGCUGUGCUAUAUAAGGCCGGCACUGGACUGCUGGAGAGGCGAAGGCUUGGACCCCCAGCUGAGGAGUCCUGCUCAAGACACGGUCACUGGAUCUGAGAAACUUCCCAGGGGACCGCAUUCCAGAGUCAGCGACUCUGUGAAGCAUCCUCACCUACCUCUUGCCACGUUCCCACGGGGCUUGGGGGAAAGAUGGUGGGGACCAAGGCCUGGGUGUUCUCCUUCCUGGUCCUGGAAGUCACAUCUGUGUUGGGGAGACAGACGAUGCUCACCCAGUCGGUAAGAAGAGUCCAGCCUGGGAAGAGGAACCCCAGCAUCUUUGCCAAGCCUGCCGACACCCUGGAGAGCCCUGGUGAGUGGACAACGUGGUUCAACAUUGACUACCCAGGCGGGAGGGGCGACUAUGAGCGGCUGGACGCCAUUCGCUUCUACUAUGGGGACCGUGUAUGUGCCCGUCCCCUGCGGCUAGAGGCUCGGACCACUGACUGGACACCUGCGGGCAGCACUGGCCAGGUGGUCCAUGGUAGUCCCCGUGAGGGUUUCUGGUGCCUCAACAGGGAGCAGCGGCCUGGCCAGAACUGCUCUAAUUACACCGUACGCUUCCUCUGCCCACCAGGAUCCCUGCGCCGAGACACAGAGGGCAUCUGGAGCCCAUGGUCUCCCUGGAGCAAGUGCUCAGCUGCCUGUGGUCAGACUGGGGUCCAGACUCGCACACGCACUUGCUUGGCAGAGACGGUGUCGCUGUGCAGUGAGGCCACCGAAGAGGGUCAGCACUGCAUGGGCCAGGACUGUGCAGCCUGUGACCUGACCUGCCCAAUGGGCCAGGUGAAUGCUGACUGUGAUGCCUGCAUGUGCCAGGACUUCAUGCUUCAUGGGGCUGUCUCCCUUCCUGGAGGUGCCCCAGCCUCAGGGGCCACUGUCUACCUGCUGACCAAGACGCCGAAGCUGCUGACCCAGACAGACAGUGAUGGGAGAUUCCGAAUCCCUGGCUUGUGCCCUGAUGGCAAAAGCAUCCUGAAGAUCACAAAGGUCAAGUUUGCCCCCAUUGUACUCACAAUGCCCAAGACUAGCGUGAAGGCAGCCACCAUCAAGGCAGAGUUUGUGAGGGCAGAGACUCCAUACAUGGUGAUGAACCCUGAGACAAAAGCACGGAGAGCCGGGCAGAGCGUGUCCCUGUGCUGUAAGGCCACAGGGAAGCCCAGUCCGGACAAAUAUUUUUGGUAUCAUAAUGACACAUUGCUGGAUCCUUCCCUCUACAAGCAUGAGAGCAAGCUGGUGCUGAGGAAACUGCAGCAGGACCAGGCUGGGGAGUACUUUUGCAAGGCCCAGAGUGAUGCUGGGGCUGUGAAGUCCAAGGUUGCCCAGCUGAUUGUCAUAGCACCUGACGAGACUCCUUGCAACCCAGUUCCUGAGAGCUAUCUUAUCCGGUUGCCCCAUGAUUGCUUUCAGAAUGCCACCGACUCCUUCUACUAUGACGUGGGACGCUGCCCUGUCAAGAUCUGUGUAGGGCAGCAGGAUAAUGGGAUCAGGUGCCGUGAUGCUGUGCAGAACUGCUGUGGCAUCUCCAAGACAGAGGAGAGAGAGAUCCAGUGCAGUGGCUACACGCUACCCACCAAGGUGGCCAAGGAGUGCAGCUGCCAGCGGUGUACAGAAACUCGGAGCAUCGUGCGGGGCCGUGUCAGUGCUGCUGACAAUGGGGAGCCCAUGCGCUUUGGCCAUGUGUACAUGGGGAACAGCCGUGUAAGCAUGACUGGCUACAAGGGCACUUUCACCCUCCAUGUCCCCCAGGACACUGAGAGGCUGGUGCUCACAUUUGUGGACAGGCUGCAGAAGUUCGUCAACACCACCAAAGUGCUACCUUUCAACAAGAAGGGGAGUGCCGUGUUCCAUGAAAUCAAGAUGCUUCGUCGGAAAGAGCCCGUCACUUUGGAAGCCAUGGAGACCAACAUCAUCCCCCUGGGGGAAGUGGUUGGUGAAGACCCCAUGGCUGAACUGGAGAUUCCAUCCAGGAGUUUCUACAGGCAGAAUGGGGAGCCCUACACAGGAAAAGUGAAGGCCAGUGUGACCUUCCUGGAUCCCCGGAAUAUUUCCACAGCCACAGCUGCCCAGAGUGACCUGAACUUCAUCAAUGACGAAGGAGACACUUUCCCCCUUCGGACGUAUGGCAUGUUCUCUGUGGACUUCAGAGAUGAGGUUACCUCAGAGCCACUUAAUGCUGGCAAAGUGAAGGUCCACCUCGACUCGACCCAGGUCAAGAUGCCAGAGCACAUAUCCACGGUGAAACUCUGGUCACUCAAUCCAGACACAGGGCUGUGGGAGGAGGAAGGGGAUUUCAAAUUUGAAAAUCAAAGGAGGAAAAAAAGAGAAGACAGAACCUUUCUGGUGGGCAACAUGGAGAUUCGUGAGAGGAGGCUCUUUAACCUGGAUGUUCCUGAAAGCAGGCGGUGCUUUGUUAAGGUGAGGGCCUACCGGAGUGAGAGGUUCUUGCCUAGUGAGCAGAUCCAGGGGGUUGUGAUCUCUGUGAUUAACCUGGAGCCUAGAACUGGCUUCUUGUCCAACCCUAGGGCCUGGGGCCGCUUUGACAGUGUCAUCACAGGCCCCAAUGGGGCCUGUGUGCCUGCCUUCUGUGAUGACCAGUCCCCUGAUGCCUACUCUGCCUAUGUCUUGGCAAGCCUGGCUGGGGAGGAACUGCAAGCAGUGGAGUCUUCUCCUAAAUUCAACCCAAAUGCAAUUGGCGUCCCUCAGCCCUAUCUCAACAAGCUCAACUACCGUCGGACGGACCAUGAGGAUCCACGGGUUAAAAAGACAGCUUUCCAGAUUAGCAUGGCCAAGCCAAGGCCCAACUCAGCUGAGGAGAGCAAUGGGCCCAUCUAUGCCUUUGAGAACCUCCGGGCAUGUGAAGAGGCACCGCCCAGUGCAGCCCACUUCCGGUUCUACCAGAUUGAGGGGGAUCGAUAUGACUACAACACAGUCCCCUUCAAUGAAGAUGACCCUAUGAGCUGGACUGAAGACUAUCUGGCAUGGUGGCCAAAGCCGAUGGAAUUCAGGGCCUGCUAUAUCAAGGUGAAGAUUGUGGGGCCACUGGAAGUGAAUGUGCGAUCCCGCAACAUGGGGGGCACUCAUCGGCGGACAGUGGGGAAGCUGUAUGGAAUCCGAGAUGUGAGGAGCACUCGGGACAGGGACCAGCCCAAUGUCUCAGCUGCCUGUCUGGAGUUCAAGUGCAGUGGGAUGCUCUAUGAUCAGGACCGUGUGGACCGCACCCUGGUGAAGGUCAUCCCCCAGGGCAGCUGCCGUCGAGCCAGUGUGAACCCCAUGCUGCAUGAGUACCUGGUCAACCACUUGCCACUUGCAGUCAACAAUGACACCAGUGAGUACACCAUGCUGGCACCCUUGGACCCACUGGGCCACAACUAUGGCAUCUACACUGUCACUGACCAGGACCCUCGCACAGCCAAGGAGAUUGCGCUUGGCCGGUGCUUUGAUGGCACAUCCGAUGGCUCCUCCAGAAUCAUGAAGAGCAAUGUGGGAGUAGCCCUCACCUUCAACUGUGUAGAGAGGCAAGUAGGUCGCCAGAGUGCCUUCCAGUACCUCCAAAGCACCCCAGCGCGGUCCCCUGCUGCAGGCACUGUCCAAGGAAGAGUGCCCUCAAGGAGGCAGCAGCGAGCGAGCAGGGGUGGCCAGCGCCAGCGUGGAGUGGUGGCCUCUCUGAGAUUUCCUACAGUUGCUCAACAGCCCCUGAUCAACUAAGUUUUGUGGUACGUCACUCUCUUCUCCCCUCAUUUCAUGUGACAGCCAUUGUGAGACUGACACACAAACUGUCACUUGGUUAAUUUAAGCACACCUGUUUUCGUGCAAUUUGCUUGUUUCUUCAUGCCUUUGCUUACUUUGUCCCAUGAUACUGAUUGGCACUUGGCCCCCAAAAUGGCACAAUAAAGCCCCUUUGUGAAACUGUUCUUUAAAUGAAACACAAGAAAUUGGCCACUGGUAAAACUUUAGCUUCAACUGUACUUCAUUUAAUGCCAUUAAUGCAAAUAUACUUCCUCUUCUUUUUGCAUGGUUUUGCCCACCUCUGCAAUAGUGAUAAUCUGAUGUUGAAGAUCAAAUAACCAAUAUAAAGCAUAUUUCUUGGCCUUGCUCCACAGGACGUAAGCAAGCCUUGAUCAUAGUUCAUACAUAUAAAUUGUGGUGAAAUAAAGAAAUAAAAUACAAUACUUUUACUUGAAAUGUAAAUAACUUAUUUAUUUCUUUGUUAAAUUUGGAAUUCUAGUGCACAUUCAAAGUUAAGCUAUUAAAUAUAGGGUAAUCAUAGUUCUUCUACCAAGUCUGGAAAGAACAUCUCCUGGUAUCCACAAUUACACCAGGUUGCUAAUUGUAUUUGUAUGUUUCCCUUUGCAUUCGCUUUUGUUCUUGCUGGAAACCCAGUGUAGCCCAGGGCAGAUGUCAAUAAAUACAUAUUCUGUAUUUUGAUUCUGAGGCCACUGUCCUGUCUUUUAACUAUUGAAGUGAGCCAGCUGCUCAGAGGAGUACAGGGGCCUCUGGAAAGCAGUCACGGGUGGUCUAAGUCCUGGCCCCCUAAGUUAAAGGGCAGGGCAACAUAGGCACACACUCCAGCAGUCAAGUUUGUUCUCAUGGAUCACAUUUUCCGUUUGCAGAAAAAAGCAGAUUCCUGGAGUUGUGAGCAUGUUCUGGGCUCCUGAGCAAGACUAAAAACACGUCCUGAUUUUUUUCUUUCCUUCUUUCCAAUACUUUGGAGCUUAUACAAGGCUUGGCCCAGGGUCUGACAAGCUGGCCAAGUGGUCCUUUGGCUCCCCCAACAGCCUGUUGCCUUCUCCAGCUGGGCUGGCUGGCCUCACUCAGAAAUGAUGGGCUUUUACUUUUUUCUUUAUGCUCUUCUAAAGAUGUUCAACUUUUCCAGACACCAGAUCUCUGUUGUGUGUUACAGACCCUGUCCCUGGAGCAAAACAAGUGGUCCAAACGGGCAGAAUUUUGGUUUUGGAAAAGGUAUUUGGUUUAAAACAGUAAAUCAGAGGCCCAUAGGUGGUGCCAGAGCAAUCUCAGCGGCACUACAGUCAGGGUAGUGGGGUGUGGGGUUGGAUAGGAUGCACUCACUGCCCCUAUCCCAACCCCUCCAGAAUCUGUCAGGCAAGAGGCCAAAGGGUUUGGGAGAAGAGAGGAUACUGUUUACAACCAGGACAAAAAGCCUUCCCUGAUGCCCUGGCCAGCCUAGUGCAGCUCCUUUACCCAUCUCUGGCCUGGGCUGGAUUUGUACUCUUGGAUCACCAUCUGCCCGGCUCCUGGGAAUUUGGUUUGUAAUCAAUUAGAAAUUUCUCUAGCUGAGCACAUCACAAUAACCACAGAAAAAACAAGCAUCUGCAGGAGUGAGGACUAGUGGCCUUGUGAUUGCAACUUGACCCACUUCCAGACUCCACAUCUGUCCCACUGCUCCCAGGAAGCAGCUCUCACUGACUUCUUGGGGAGGCUUGACUGCCCCUGUUGUCAGUGUACAGCUAUCUGCAGCACUGUCGCCCCAGCCACUUCAGGAGCCAGAGUGCCUGCUGCUUCAACCUGACCACCAGUUCCCUUCAAACUCACAGGGAGGGGGUGCUGGGGAAGGUGGGCUGACUGGUUCCCCACUCUAGGGCACUUUCCUUGCUGUUCUCAAUUGAGGGCCUGAGUAAAUGGACUCCAGCACACA